GUGGAUGCUAUAUAACGCAGGGAGAUGCCAGCGCUGGACCAAGACCAGUCCACUGUGCUGCAGCCUCCAAAAGACUAGAAGCCAAAGACAACUGAGACGAUAACGGACAGAAAAACACCUCGGGACAGAAGAGCUGUGGUGGUUUCUACAAGCAAACAAACCAGACCAGACCAAAGAGAUUAGACUCCUGUACAGGCACUCAGGUAUCCAGUAUGCGGGCACUGGUGAUUCUGCCUCUGCUCCUGUGUGCAGUGGUGUGUGUGGACCAGGUGAGAGCAGAGGUGAAGGCGGUGAAGCUGUGCGGUCGAGAGUUCCUGAGGGCUGUUGUCUACACCUGCGGAGGCUCCCGUUGGAGGAGACUCCUCACUGAGUCAGACAUGGACGGUUUGCCAACAGGAGAACAGAACAGCUUGGAGAACCUCAGCAGCAGCAGCAGCAGCAGCCCAGGCUCUCAGUUGACCAGACGAGACAUUAAUAACAUGCUGACCACCGUGUGCUGCCAGGUGGGCUGCAGGAAGAGCGACCUUGCCUUCCUCUGCUGAGGAUGACCCCUUCUCUUCUUCUCUCUCAUUCUCCAAGUGACUGUUUUCUCCCAUCUUUGCCUUACUAGAAACCAAAUCUGAAUCACAAUGCUGAUGUUUUAAAACAAUAUGAUCACUAUAUUGGUAUGUACAAUAAUGCUCAUAUCCACAACUGCUAUUUUUCCAAUUGCUUUUGAUAUUUUUGUGGAUUUUUGAUUUAAUACUUUUAACUUACGGACUGUAGAUGUGAAUGUGGACCACUUGAGCAUCUGAGAACAUGGUUCUGAAAACCUGAGCUGGAAGACAUACAACAACAUGUAACCAUAAAUGUAUAUUUAAUUACAGUAUAAAUUAACCUAUGAGAAUUAAGAAACAAAACAAAGUUCAUGUAAAUGCACUCAGGGAUGUAUUCAAAGGUGCAGAACUGUGUCACUUCGUACUCAGAAUCUCUAUCUCAGCCUGAGCUUGUGACCUGUGUUGCAGGUUUGUAAAAUUUUCAUCACUGAUUUUAUGUAUUUGUGGGACUCAAGCUGUAGUCUAUCAUUUUGCUUUUUUUUUUUUUGUCAAAUAAAUGUUCUUGCACAGGG